CUCCAAGGUUCCUUCCAGCUCGAUUCUAUUCUGUCUAGAGAGGCAGAGGUUGUGCCUCUUGCCUGUAGGAUCUGCGCCCCUUCUGGGGUCUGAAAACCCCAGCAAUGGCGGUCUUGCCAUGCUUUACUGCCCCCCCCGCUGUUUUUUGCCUUUUGAGAGCACUGCCCUCUAAACAUGCUCAGAGGAUGGAGACCCUGGAGGAAUUCGACGGUGAGUACCCGCUCGUCCUGUCCUUCUGCGAGCGGAUCUCCCCCCAGGAUUACGAGGGCCAAGGCCUGAGCUACACCCAGAAGUCCCUGCAGGAGCUCUUCACCCAGAUGGAGCGGAAGCCCAGCAUCUGCGAGCGGGUGGUGCGGAAGAGGAAGCAGGCCGAGAACGAGAGGGGCAACCUGGGGCAGUACCUCAAGGCCAAGUUCUUUGCCCUGCUGCAGGGCGAUGUGAAUUAUGACAACACCCUGGGGGAAAUGGAGAUGGAGGAAAAAGUUGAGCAACUCAAGCGGGAGAUGGAGAAGGCCAACGAUUACGCCCGCGCUGCCAAGACCUCAUCCUGGAGGCCGGCCGAGAGGAGGGUCCGGAGGCCUAUACUGAUGGGAGGAUUCAGCCCGCCAGAGUCCAAGCUCUGGGACUCGGGUCUUCCAGCCAUGCCCAAAAUCUUCGGUUCUUUCCCAAAGCAGAUGGAAAGAAACAAUCCAGACUUGAAGCAGCUUUGGGCCGGCAUGUCACCUGUCAAUCAAAAGAGGUCAGAAGCCAGACAGGGAGACGGAAGCUGUAUAGAAAUGAGCAUGGUUGACCUACGCCCUCUAAUGCUGAAUCCUGGUGGAUUUCGUCCCUCGUUUCUCACAAGCAACUCUGUCCACCGGCUGAAAUACGCUUUCCCAAGGGUUCCUGCCAGCAGCUCCCCCACCUCACCUUCCCAAAGUUCUGGCCCUUCCAGCACUACUUCCGUUUUCAACACACCUGUGCUGGCCAGGUUCAGAGGCAACAAGGAGGACGAGACGGACAAGGGAAGCCCAGGCCCCGAUACAAACUCUGCAGGGGCCUAAAUGCCUUUUCGUGUAUGGGAAGAUGCUACGUGAAUAAAAAGUUUGGUGCACGCUCCUCA